UUUGCUUGUGAUCAUUUUGCAUUCAGUCAAUUUACUGAAAUGGCAAUAGCAGGCAGAAACCUUUUCUAGUCAUAGUAUUGACUUGAGACUAACUCUGCACUUUUUGUUAACAUCUAGCCUUAUAUAUCGUCAUGUCUAUAUCACUAGCUGAGUGGCCCAGUUUUGGGCUCUUUUAGGAAAGUUUGAAAUUCUGCUUUGAUAUUGAGUGACACAGUUAUUUUGCCCUUUGCUCCCAGCUAUUCAAUGGGUAGUUCUUUUAAGGAGCCCAUUUCUUACCAGGUAUAUAGUAUAUAUAGUGUUUCCUUGAACUUGGGAAGCACCUGAGAAAUAGGCUUCAUCAUAACACGGGUGUCUAGAUUUUACUAAAUGUUAGGUAGGGUGUGUCGGUGACAGUGGUGAAAUAUUCCUAACUACAAAAUCGUAUAUUUAUACCAUAGAGCAAAAGAUUCCAGUUUGUCUGGUCAGAGCUGGCUUUCUUGGUUGUGAUUUAGCCAGAUUGUUUUACUACAGAUGUACACUAUUGAAUCUUUGUGAGAUAUAAGUAUAGAAUAGAAUUUUUUUUAUGUCAAUCUUUACCUUUUUUUGUUACUGCUUUUGUGAAUAACAAGUUAUUUCAUAUUAAUAUAUUCUCAUAGGCUUUUCAGCCAACAAAGUGCCAUUGAGGUAAUUUCUAGUUUUGAAGAAGCACAGAGUUUAUUAGUUUGUACAAUAGUUUUUAGGGACAGUAACAUCAUUUUAGCUUGAUGUGUAAGGACGUUACUUUUGGUGGUGAAAUGUCUUCUAAUUCAGUGGUUGUUAAAUUUUGAUUUGGUAAUUAAAUUUUUAAAAAGUUUUUAAAGAAAUACUUUUUUAGGCCUUACCUUCGUGUACUUAGUGUUCUAUGCUUCAGAGUAUAAUUGCCGAAAGCAAGCCAGAGUUGUAGCUUCUCAACAAGAAAUUCAUUCUAAUCAAUCUAAUGAAGCUAACUACUAAAACUAGGUUUUAAUGUCUACAUGUUUUUCUAGUAAGUUCAGUGAUAAUGGUCCUAUUGAGAAACAUUGCCCAGUUGAGCAGGUUUACUUUUUUGUUUUCAAGACUGAGUUAUGUACUGUAGAAUUAACUUAUCAUAUGUUGGUAUGUCCUUUUAAAUUGAAGUAUUAGAGGGGCAGAAAAGAUGACUCAGUGGUUAACUGACUUGGCUGCUUUCCCGUAGGAUCCAAGUUUAGUUUCCCCUACCCAUGUGGAAAGGCUCACAACUGCCUAUAACUCCAGCUUUAGGGGAUCUGAUGCUUCCUUCUGGCUUUAGAAAGUAUCUUCACUCACAUACAUGUACACGCAUACAUAAACCUUAAAAAAAAAUUCUUAUUUUAUGUGAGUCUUUUGCCUCCUUGGUGCCUGAGGAGGUCAGAAGAGGGAGUUAAAGAUGGCUAUAAACCACCUUGUAGGUGCUGGGAAAUGAAUCACAAGUCUUGAGAGCAGCAAGUGUUCUUAACCACUGACCCCAUACUCCCACCCACUCCAUACACAUAAAUUAAAAAUAAAUAAAAAAUAAAAAUAAAAAAAGGAAAAGCCAUCCAUAGUAGCACACUUCCCGCAACUUAGGAAGCUGAAGCAGGAAGAUAGUAACUUCAAGGUCAACAUGACAACUUAGUGUGCCUACUUCAAAAUAAUAUAUCCAAGGUUUAGGAAUUUAGCUUUGAAGUGGAACACUUGGCUAGCAUGAGCAAAGCCUUGAGUUCAAUCUCCUGUACCACCCACUCAAACAGACAGUAACAAAAGCACAAAAGGGGAUAAUCAUAGAACACUCAAAAUGCCAGUUAGCUUGAUCUGUAUAACAAGUUUUUCUUGGCAAAAAAGAAAAAUACAUUCUGAUGUGUCCUAGUAAUAAAAAUAUACACUAAAUUUAGUGAGAAGAAAGAAACUGAAGGUAAGCUUCUUUAAUGGUAAGGAUGAUGUGUGUUACUAAGAGAUUUAGAUCUAUUUCUUAGAAAGAGUACUGUCAAUAGUGCUUGAGCAGCCAGUACCACAUACUCAUAGAGAUUGUUACUUCCUAUUUUCAAAGUAAGCAUGCAGCUUCAAAUGGAAGUCACUGGUGGCUUGAUUAUCUGUCUACACUAAUGAAUGCAGGCCCUGAGAGGUCAUCCUGGAGUCUGACAUUUUUACUUUCUAUUUGCUUUUGUUACCUAGAUCUACUCAGAUUAAACUUCUUCUGAACAUGAACUUUUAAUUUUUUGUUAUCUCAUUUAAACAUUUUAACUGAUUUUCUGAGCAACCUGAGGAAGGACUUUAAUGUGCUAGAUUAACUACUGUUAUCAGCUGUUUUUAAUCAUACUUUUCUGUUAUAUUUUCCACUGUUACCUAUGUCUACUCACACCUUGAUACUGAGUUUUAUCUCUGGAAGACACCAUCAAAAGAAUGUCAAAACAAGUAUUUUGGUGUAGGAAUAUAUUUGGAGAAAGAGAAUGUUCAUAAUAAAGUUAUAUUGGAGACACUAAGUGGAUGGUUUUUAAUUUAUGCAGUUAUUUAUUGAUCCGGUAUCCAUCACGAAUUGAAAAAAUUGAUUAUGAAGAAGGGAAGAUGUUAGUUCAUUUUGAGCGCUGGAGUCAUCGUUAUGAUGAGUGGAUUUAUUGGGACAGCAACAGGUUGCGACCCCUUGAAAGACCUGCACUAAGAAAAGAAGGGCUAAAGGAUGAGGAAGAUUUCUUUGAUUUUAAAGCUGGAGAAGAAGUUCUGGCUCGUUGGACAGACUGUCGCUAUUACCCUGCCAAGAUUGAAGCAAUUAACAAAGAAGGAACAUUCACAGUUCAGUUUUAUGAUGGCGUUAUCCGUUGUUUAAAAAGAAUGCACAUUAAAGCCAUGCCUGAGGACGCUAAGGGGCAGUUUCUGUUCCAGGUGAAAUCCCAGCAUCCACUAAGCUGGUGUUGUCCUUUCGACCCAGCUGGAUCGUGUAACCAGUCUAUGGGAAGUGAGGACUGGAUUGCUUUAGUCAAAGCAGCUGCUGCAGCUGCAGCGAAGAGUAAAACAGGGACUAAACCUCGAACCAGUGCUAACAGCAAUAAAGAGAAAGAGAGAGAUGGGGGAAAAUGGUUUAAAGUACCUUCAAAGAAGGCAGAAACUUCAUCUUGCAUAGCCACAGCAGAGACUGAGAAGAAGGAAGAACUACCCACAUCUAGUGAACCAUUUGUAGGACUUCACAUAGACAGCGUUCCAAAGAUCGUCUUUCCACAGCCAGAGAGCACAUUAACAAACAAGAGGAAAAAUAAUCAAGGCAACUCAUUUCAGGCAAAGAGAGCACGACUUAACAAGAUUACUGGUUUAUUGGCAUCCAAAGCUGUUGGGGCAGAUGGUGCUGAAAACAAAGACGACCACACUGCAACAGCUCCAGUGCUGGAGCAGGCGAUUUCACCUAAACCUCAAAGUCAGAAAAAAAAUGAAGCUGUCAUUAGCAGUUCUGCCAACACUCAGAAACCUGCACUGUUAUCCUCAACUUUGUCUUCAGGGAAGGCUCGCAGCAAGAAAUGCAAACAUGAAUCUGGAGAGUCUUCUGGGUGUAUAAAAACCCCUAAGUCACCACUUGCCCCAGAAUUAAUACAAGCCAAGGAUUUGACGCUUGUAUCUCAGCUUUCUUCAGUGAUAAAUAAAACUAGUCCUCCACAGCCUGUGAAUCCCCCUAGACCUUGCAAGCAUAGUGAGCGGAGAAGAAGAUCUCAGCGGUUAGCCACCUUACCCAUGCCUGAUGAUUCUCUAGAAAAGCUUUCUUCCUCUUCAGCCACUGAUGGGAAAAUAUUCUCUAUCAGUUCUCAGAAUCAGCAAGAGUCUUCAGUACCAGAGGUGCCCGGUAUUGCAUGUGUGCCACUCCAGAAGUUGGGAUCCUGUCUCCCUCUUGAUUUAAGUUGUGGUUCAGAAGUCAUAGCACCUCGAGCCCCAGAUUCCUCCGUUUCUGGUGGUGAAUGUUCCAGGGAAGAAAAGGAGACACCUUUGUUUGCAAAUACCUCCUCUAAAGUAGUGAGCGAUAUAAAAGGAGCUACAGCAAUCACUGGAAUAUUGAAAACAGAAAAAAAAGUGAAAUUGGAAGAAAAAAGCUCUACUGCCUUUGGUAAAAGGAAAGAAAAGGAUAAGGAGAGAAAAGAGAAGAGAGACAAAGAUCACUACAAAUCAAAGCAGAAGAAAAAGAAGAAGAAAAAAAAGAAAUCUAAACAACAUGACUAUUCAGACUAUGAAGACAGUUCCUUAGACUUUUUGGAAAGGUGUACUUCUCCACUAACCAGAUCUUCUGGGAGUUCUCUGGCUCCGCGAAGCACAUUUAUGGAGAAAACUACAACCUAUCAGUACCCAAGGGCAAUUCUGUCCGUUGAUCUUAGUGGUGAAAACUUGUCAGAUGUGGAAUUCCUGGAUGACUCCUCCACAGAAAGCCUGCUUCUGAGUGGGGAUGAGUACAAUCAAGACUUUGAUUCAACUAAUUUUGAGGAGUCUCAAGAUGAAGAUGAUGCCCUUAAUGAGAUUGUAAGGUGUAUCUGUGAAAUGGAUGAGGAGAAUGGCUUCAUGAUCCAGUGUGAAGAGUGCCUAUGCUGGCAACACAGUGUAUGCAUGGGGCUCCUGGAGGACAGCAUUCCGGAGCAGUACAUCUGCUACAUCUGUCGGGACCCUCCGGGUCAGAGAUGGAGUGCAAAAUAUCGUUAUGAUAAGGAGUGGCUGAAUAAUGGAAGAAUGUAUGGGUUAUCUUUUUUAAAAGAAAAUUAUUCUCAUCUCAAUGCCAAAAAGAUAGUUUCUACACAUCAUCUGCUUGCUGAUGUCUAUGGUGUAACUGAAGUACUGCAUGGGUUACAGCUGAAGAUUGGAAUACUAAAAAAUAAAUAUCAUCCUGACCUUCGUUUCUGGGCUUGUUCUGGGAAGAGGAAAGACCAAGGUCAGGUGGUAUCUGGAGCAGAGAAAAAAGUGACACUUCUGGACACAGCUAACUCAGAGGAAAAGAAAUAUGUACAGAACCACAGAGAACCACCUCUGAAAAUGGAAGGAACUUACAUAACAAGUGAGCACAGCUAUCAAAAGCCACAAAGCUUUAGUCAAGACUGCCAGUCUCAUAUAGACCCUGGAAGCUCAGAUGAUGAUGGUGCUAGCAGUUGUGAAGAAGACGGGGAACUCCAUUUGAGAGAUAAAAGCCAUGUUUUGUAUUCAACAAAAGAGUGUGGAAUGUCAGAGAAGAAUCCAGCUUCAGGAAAUAAAGUGUUUGUUUAUAAUGAUAAAAAGGGCAUGGAGGGCCCAGGAGAUUCACAUCUUCAGUGGCAGCUAAAUCUCCUUACACACAUAGAAAACGUGCAGAAUGAAGUCACCAGCCGGAUGGAUCUCAUAGAAAAAGAAGUGGAUGUUCUGGAAAGCUGGCUUGAUUUCACAGGGGAAUUAGAGCCACCAGAUCCCCUUGCAAGACUGCCCCAACUUAAACGCCACAUAAAACAACUCUUACUUGACAUGGGCAAAGUACAACAAAUUGCAACUCUUUGCUCUGUAUAACAGUGGUAAACACAGGAUGACAAGAAUGUGUCUGUCUUCUGUUGAAUCAUUUUUAUUGCUAAGCGAAUAGUCAAAAAGCUUAAUGUUUGGUCAUUUACUGAUUUGUGACACCAAUACUAUGACAUCUUGGAAGUAUAAUGAAGAACAACUUUAUCAAGGAAUCUAACAUUAAAAAUGAAUGAGCAAACUGCAAAUGAUGUUAUCUCCGCCAAGAAUCAAUGAGUAAAAUACAAGCUGCACUAAAGGAAUGGAAUUGGCAGGAUUCUAAUAGUUGCUUUCAUGAAGCUCAAGAUACCUGUAGAGAGAAUUAUGGUGUGUUUGUAUAGGUUUUAGAAGAGAUACUCAUGUUUAUAAACCAGCAUUUGGCCAAAACCACACUGUAAGGAAAUUCAAGCUCUGGAGAGUUCUACAAGUUUGCUCUAAGAAUUGCCUUCUAGCAGUUGGAACAGCUGCAAAUAAACUUAGGUUAUUUAAACUUCUGUAGGAUCAUGAGCUAUAUCUUGGGUGAUGAAUGUAUUUAAUCAGAAAACUGACAGUGGAAGUCUCACUUUGGGGGAAACAAUUGUGGAAUUUUAACUUCAUUAUGAAUGUAUUUUAAGAAACCCACCAAAUAAUUGGAAUUUAUUGCGGGCAUUGUGCUCUUUAAAAACAAAGUGGCUUACAUAAGGGCCCAAUGUGCCAAAUGUUGAUACUGCUGGAGAGAGGAUUUGACUAUUGCAGGAAUCCUUCCAUCCACCGUACGCAAUGCCAUUAACCCAUACAAACCUGUACACCACAUGCUGUGUGUGCUCUGUGUAGGUGAGGGGCAGUAUCCGGGCUUCAGCAUACAUUUGAUCCUGGAUACAUUUGGUGUUUGCCUUUUGAAAAAAAAACUGUAAACCUCAGCUGGGAUGAGGAGUGACAAAAAUAUCAAAAUAAUCUGUGGCUGUGGAUUUUCUUUCUUUCUUUCUUUUCUUUUCUUUUUUUUUUUUCUUUUUUCUUUUUUUUUUUUUUUACUGCUAGUAGUGGAAUACUGGAAAAGCUUCAUUUAUGAAGAAAAAUUUUAUUUUAAAAUAUAAAUAUACACUCAAAAAUUUUAGCUUUGAUCACAAAUGGACAGAUUUAUGAAACCAAAGGCAACUAAGUUGCUUACUCAGCUCUUGCUGGAUUUUUGAGCCUAGGUCCUACUGUCUGCCAGUCCUGGUGCGAGUUGUAUGCACCCUCCAGUGCUACAUGGGCAGGUAUGUGUAAGUGAGUAUGCUUGUUUAAAUAGUUAACGUACAUAUGUACAUAAUCAACACAUAUUUAUAUCACACAUAUCUAGUUUUAUUACUAUAGAUUAUACAAAUUUGUGGUUAACAUAAAAUGUUACCUUUUAACAGACUGUUUUUGAAACUAAAAGUGUAUGUACAGAUUUUUAAAAGGGGGAAGAAAAGACUGUUAAGAGGAGGCUAUUUGAUGACAUUACACUUGAAUAUUUUUUUGCCUCAUUCUGUUUAUCAGUUCUAGCAAUCUGUAUAAAUGCACUUAGAACUGAUAGACAGUGAACUUGAAUUUAUCUUUGAUAAGAAUAAAUGCCACUGUACAUUCAGAUAUUAUUUAAAUUUGCAAAACACACUGUUCUAUAUGUAAGGUACUGUAUGUAAAACUCUAUUAAAACUAUUCCACAUAUCUUAAAACUUCAGCUUGCCUUUUUGCGGCCUUAUGUUUUGAUGUGAAGAUUAAAAGAAUGUGUAAACCAUUGAGAAAAUUUUAUUGCCUUUUGAGAUUUUUUCAACUGACAGAUGUGCCAAAGAUUACCAUACAUAAAAUAUAGUCCUCUGUAUUUACUUGUGAUACCUAAACUUUGUUAAAGAUCCUAUUGAUGAAAGCUUUAGCAGAAGUCAUUGUGGGGUAGUCACUUUGCAUAUUAAAGUAAAAAUUAGUGCCUAUAAACCCUGUGUGGAGUAAAUUUACUAAUGUGUGUCUUUCAAGAUUGAUGAUGUAUUAUUUGUUGAUUUGUAUUUUAAAAUAAUGGCUCUAAAAUUUUCCAUCAUGACUGAACCCUAGACAUUGAAUUUAUGUCUUUUUUUUUUUUUUUCAGAAAAGGAGUCAAUAAUGUUCUUAGUCUGUGAAUAGUGGUAUUGCCAUGAUUCUUUUCAUAUAUGCAGAUGAGCUCUUCAUUCAGUGACACUCGAUUUCUCAGUUCUAGUGACCUCGGUGAAAGUAAUGCAUAGUCUUGUAGUACAUACUAGGUGCCCCAAAGCAGUCUGAAAUGUUUCAAAUGUAGAGUGCCAACUGGACUCCCCAAGAGGAAAGUUCUACAUCUCACCUCAUGUGGCAGGGUCACUUUCAAAGUACAGGCUUACUAAAAAUGCAGCGUACAUCUUCAAGUUGUGUGUUUAAAUUGUACACAAAAUAGCAGUGAAGUUCAUCUUUAGACUUAAGUCUCAUGCCAAGAAUGUGUCAUGAUAAAAUGUAAAGAUUCCAGCAUCCAAGAAAACACUAAAACAUUUUUCUUCUUAAGAAUUUCCAGUAAUGAGCAUUAAAUCUGUAUCUUAAGAUUUGAUCACAUCGUUAGCAGCCAACAAAUUGAAUGCUUCAUUGAUAGACUAUUAAGUGUGCUGCUCUGCUUGUUUGUCAGUGAAUAAGAAAGCUGAUUCUUCAAUUUAAAUAUUUAAAGAAUAUAUCAGAUUAUAUACACAUACUCAGUUAUUAUAGUACCUACCGAUGAGUGGUUGAGGCCUGUUAGCAGCUAGAAGGCAGGACGUUUCUUUGAGAGAAUGAAUUAACUUUGGAGAUGCAAAUCUAUUAUGAGAAGUGUCAGGUAAGAUUUGUUUUUUGUUUUUUCCUUUUAGUCUUACCUAAAAUCAUUGUAUUGAAAUGUAAGCAAUGAACUGGAGAGUGUGUUUUCCUCAAAGAUAAUGUUUCAUUUCCAGACAGAAGAGACUGAACCUUGAUGGAAGAAUUCGACCUCACAAUUUCUGGCAAAUAUAACUUGUACUUCCUCUUGGUUGUCUGUGGUUCCACUGACUGUUGAAGUAAUGUACUUUCUUCUUAAAGGAACUUAUUUUUCUUAUAUUUCCAGGUGAAGCCCCUGUUAUUCAGUUGUUUCAUCUUAUUGUUCAUACUAAAAUGUGCAUACUUCCCAUGUUCACACUGAAGCAUACUACUUCCUCCCCAAUAAACUGAAUCUGCUGCCAUUGUCA